UACAACGUGGCCUUAAGAAUGCGUAGCAACAAUGCAAAGGUUGAUUUUCGCAUUCGUGAGUGAUAAGAAAACAGAUAAAAAUAGUGACACGGAGUCUUGAAAAUUUCAGAUUGCGCCUUUAUCUAUAAGAGCUACGAUAAGAACUUGUGUGGCGAUGAGCUGACCCGAAAAGGAACAGGCGGGCCGCCACACUCGAGCCUCGAGGAGAAACCGCCGAGACCGGGCUACGCAAGAUUAAGGUUAACGUACGCCAAAUCAGCUGAUUCAAUAAUCAGUGACUGACCAGUGGUGUGGCCGACACGACGAUUUAUUCAGCAGGGUGCAUUGUUUAAUUGUGUGCAAUUAAUAUAUUUAUUAUGCGUCUCGUAAUUUGCGAUAACGUGGACUAUGUCGCAGAAUGGUCUGCGAAGUAUGUUUUAAAGAGAAUCAAUGAUUUUAAUCCUAAUGAGAACAAGUAUUUUGUUCUCGGUCUCCCUACAGGAGGGACACCUUUGGGGAUGUAUAAAAAGCUUAUAGAAUAUUAUCAACAAGGCAAAAUUUCCUUCAAAUAUGUUAAGACAUUCAAUAUGGACGAAUAUGUUGAUUUACCGAGAGAUCAUCCAGAAUCUUAUCACUUUUAUAUGUACAAUAAUUUCUUCAAACAUAUAGAUAUCGACCCGAAAAAUGUGCAUAUACUUGAUGGAAAUGCGACGGAUCUCGAAAAAGAGUGUGAUAAUUUUGAGAAAAUGAUCAAAGAGGCUGGCGGGAUAGAAUUGUUCAUCGGAGGCAUCGGACCAGACGGACAUAUAGCCUUCAAUGAGCCAGGUUCGUCGUUAGCUUCUCGCACACGAGUGAAAACUCUUGCGCAAGAUACUUUGGAAGCAAACGCAAGAUUUUUUGGAAAUGAUAUUAACAAAGUACCAAAACAAGCACUGACUGUAGGCGUCGGUACCGUAAUGGACGCUAAGGAAGUAAUGAUUCUUAUCACCGGAUCUCACAAAGCUUUUGCCCUUUACAAAGCUAUAGAAGAAGGCAUUAACCAUAUGUGGACGGUAUCUGCGUUUCAACAACAUCCUCGUACGCUUAUAAUUUGUGAUGAAGACGCAACUCUGGAGUUACGUGUGAAAACUGUUAAAUACUUCAAGAAUUUAUGGGACAUUCAUAGCAAAUUAAUCGAGCAAGAAAAUCGGCCAAAAUAAAGAUUUUGUCAUCAUCGGCAAUUUGUAAAAGUUAUAUAAUGAAUUCAUACGAGGACAAAAAUUGAAAGUUUUAACAUAUGGACGAUAAAGCUAUGAAGCUAGAGUAAUUAGAGAUUACAUAAUGCAAUAUAUUUGUAUUUUAUGUUCUCUA